UUGUACUUAGGCCUUAAAGUGAUUUAGUAAUUCAAAUCGUGUUUUUCAUAAUUGAGGUUAUGUCCUUUGUGAUUAUAUAGUUUUUCGUUUUUUAUGUUUAAAAUAAAUAUGUUAUAUUAAACAAAAAUGUCACUACUCUAUCGUAAUAUUUUUAAUAAAUUAGGAAGAUGUGUAAAUAUAACUUCUAGAUUUUGUACAGUCGUUGAAAAUCAAUGUUUAGAAAGAGAAAAAUUUGAACCCAGAAUUUCAGUAACAGAGGCUAUUGAAAGUGGUAAAUUUUUUCAUAAUCCUAGACAAGUAUGGAUAGAAAGUUUAAAAACAAUUCCAGGCAAAAAAUUUGGUAUCGCGCAUUUACAUCCUGAUGUUUUUGCUGCCCAACCUCGAGUAGAUAUUAUUCAUGAAAAUAUUAGAUGGCAAAGAAUGUUUCGAUUUGUGUCUUAUGCACAUACGAAAACUCGAGCAGAAGUCAAAGGAGGAGGAAGAAAACCCUGGCCGCAAAAAGGCCAAGGAAAAGCUCGACAUGGAAGUAUACGGUCUCCUUUGUGGCGUAAAGGAGGAGUAGUUCAUGGACCUCGUUCACCAACGACACAUUUUUACAUGUUACCUUUUUACAAAAGAGUCUAUGGCCUUACAUCUACACUGACGGUAAAGUUAGCUCAAGACGAUUUACACAUUGUAACAGAUCUUGAAAUUCCUUCUGAAGAAACAUCCUACGUUGAGGAUAUUAUUAAUGAAAGAAAUUGGGGUCCAUCUGUUCUAUUCGUUGACGAUAUGGACUUUAUGCCAAGAAAUAUUUCCAUAGCUACUGAAACUAUAAAACACGUCAAUUUAAUGCCUGUUUAUGGAUUAAACGUGUAUAGUAUGUUGAAGCAUGAUACUCUAGUCUUAACUGAACGAGCUGCAAGGCUCAUUGAAGAGAAAUUACUUUAUCAGCUCAACAGAGCAGACGAAAGAAAAGUAAACUCCAAAUUCAAACUUAACCAGUAAUAAGGGUUCUGAAAAUUUUUAUACUUUAGUUUCCAUUAAAAAUAUUGGAAAAUAAAAAUGUUGUAAUUAUUGACAAUAUUUUGAUUUAAUAUAAGUUUAGUAUAAGUAUA